UCCAAACACCUGAAAAUACCUCUCUCUCACCACGCGUCUUCAGCCUCUCUCUCCUUUCCCUUUCUCUCUCCACCAAAUAUAGCGAUUUCGUUUGUCAUCUCCUCCUAUUUUUGGAUUUUUCUCUAGCUCACUUAUAUACACCGACACACACAUAUACGCUUGGUCUAUCUCUCUUCAUAUGCUUCUGCAAAGUUUCGAUUUGUCUUCAGAUUAGACUCUGUAUUAUCACAUUCUCCUAAUACACUUCCAAAUCUGAUUUUACUGUUCUUUUACUUCUGGCACAUUCCAUCUCUCUUUUGCUUUCUGGGUCUCUCGUAUAUGUAUAUAUAUAUUUACUUUUUAGACCUAGGGUUGCUACCUAGACAACUAUCCAUUGAUUGAAUUCUUGUUCUUUCACGAAUCUUAGAUUUGUUCUCCAACCCAUCUCUUUUUUUCCCCCAUCGGAAACUAUUUAGAUUUUACAGGAAGCUCUGUUAUUUCCUUUGGCCCUGUUUGAGCCCCAGCUUUAGGUUUUUUCACGAGGAACUCUGAUAUUUUUGGUUCUCUGUUUUAGUUUGCGAUCAAGAAUUGAGGGUUUUAUUGUAAAGCGUAAUUUCGUUUGGUUUUUGAAGGUUUUGUUUCUUUUGUGCUCAUCAGGUAGGUGGAGAUACUAUGGCAAUGAAUCUUUCCAAGGAUCCAAUGUUUAGUACAGAAAAGAGUUUGUUUUCUGCGAAAGAGAUGGAUAAUGUGUACCUGAUGGAGGAGUGCCCAGAUAAGAGAUUGGCUAGAUUUGGUGAUUAUUGGAAUCUCGAGUGGAAAUCAGAGAGUAUUUGUGAUUAUAAAAAGGAGAAAUCUGAGAAGCUGUAUGAUGAUAUCCUUGAUUUAUUGCCCUCUGAUCCUUUUGGUAUGGAUAUGUCUGCUACGGUGACGGCAAUCUCGGGUUGGUUUGGGGAUCUUGAGAUGGAUUUUGGGUUAAACACCCUUGGGUUUGGGACUGAUGAAAUUGAGGUCAAGAAAGGGGACGAUCAUCAAGUAUUUGCAGGAUUGAAUUUGGUUUGGAACGGUGCCAUGGGGUUUUAUCCAGGGACAGACAGAAAAGUAAUGGGGUCUGCAAUGGAUAAACAGUUAUGUGAUGCGUUGUGUGGUGAUUCUUUUCUUUUCGAUAGCAACGCAGAAGACUUUGUGGGUUCUAGCAAUGGAAAACGUUGGGAUUCUGCUACUGCUGCUACAAAACAAGAAGGGUGUUCAGAAGUUUAUAUAGAUGGUAGUGUAGGCGCUCCCCAUGAUGCUUUGUUUUUUGCUCUCGGCUAUCUGGGUGUGAGUGACCUUCUCUCUGUCGAAAGAGUUUGCAAAUCUUUGCGUGAUACAGUGCGAAACGAUCCCCUUCUGUGGAGAAGUAUUCACAUAGAUCAUCCAUUAAGUAUGAAAACAACUGAUGAUGCUCUUUUAAAGCUAACUAGCAGGGCUCAAGGCAAUCUUCAAUGCUUGAGUCUCGUGGAGUGCUUGAAGAUUACUGAUAGUGGCUUAAAGCGCGUGCUUGAAACCAAUUCCGGGCUUACGAAGUUAAGUGUUCCAGGAUGUGUGAAGCUCAGUGUUGAAGGUAUCCUCUGUAGCUUAAAAGAGGUUUUCAAGUCUGCAGGCACGCCUGGAAUAAAGCACCUAAGAAUUGGUGGGUUAUUUGGUGUGACAAACAAACAGUUUGAAGAGUUCAAGUUUUUGCUAGGUGCAGGCAACCACAAGCAGCUCAGUGCCCAGAAACCACGGUUUUAUGGUGCAGGGCAGUUGUAUCUAUCUGUUGAUGAUGAUCGUGCAAUUGAUAUUGAACCAUGUCCUAGAUGCCAGAAAGUCAGACAGGUCUAUGAUUGCCCAGCAGAGAGUUGCCAAGGGAAACACCAUGCCACACAGUUGUGCAGGGCUUGCACUCUUUGCAUUGCUCGUUGUAUAAGUUGUGGAUGUUGCAUUGGUGGAUGUGAAUAUCAAGAGACGUUCUGUUUAGACUUGAUUUGUAUGGAUUGUUGCAAGCAGCUUUUGAAUUGCCAGGAGAAACAGGAAGAAACAAGCACUCCCUUGAGGCAUACUGUUUUCCAUCAGCAGGAAAGUUACCAUUUGUAUCUCUGUAGCUAGAAGAGAUUGAUGCUUCAUAUACCUGUUGCCUGUUGAUUAUGGAUUGGCAACUGCAUCAUUCGCGGUUGAAGUUUCUGACAUGAUUGGUUGCCUAGCAGUGGAAUACGUGGUUUCCUUGAAUAUUUUGCAUCUUGUGGAGGUGGAUAACAGGAGAACAGCAGCAUAGAAGACUGCCUACUGGUCUAGUGAUUUUGCUUACCGGUCAAAUUUUAGCUUAAACAGAUGAUUGCUCAUGGUGCCUGGGGACUCUAAAACAACCACGAGUGAGAUAUUGAAGAAUCUUAUAUGAAAAAUAUGCAUCGAGUUUGCAAAGUGAUGUAGGCUGCUGUUUUUGUUUGCAAAUUGUGGAUGGCUUUUUUAAGUUCAAGCUGAAGACAGACAGGAAUUAGCAGUAGUAUUUAGUCUCUGUUUCUUUAUAAUAGCUGUAACCACUUACAACCUUCACACGAUAAAUAAUAAUUGUUAUGCAGCUGCUUUACUACGUUGUCCUUGCUAUUUUAUUAUUGACAUGGAUGUCU